UGCUCUCCGCGACGUGCAUACGUUAUACGCAUUACGCACUAUGAUGCAGUGUUUGACAACGCGUCUUGCAGACAGCUGACUGUAAUGUUCUUUAAACUACUAUAAUACAAACCGACUUUUGAGAUGCUUUUGGAGUUAUUUUUUUCUUAAUAGUGUUUAUUUUUUUCAAUAGUACAUAACCGACUCGAAUACGGUCAAACUGUGUAAUGAAUAUAUCAUAAUAUACAACUGUAUACAAUAUAAAACAGUUACGAAUCAUCGCUCCGUAGUGGAAACACAAAUAAACAAUACCUACAUAUUUUUCAGUACUAUGUAAUAUCAGUGAGUCUAGGAUAAAAAUUAACUAUUUGUGUACAAUAUUACUAUAAGCGUAAUCCAUAUGUAUACUUAUGGUAAUUCAAUACGAUUCAAUUGGCAUUUACUACACAAAUCCGCGUAAAUAAAUGAACUUAUUAUUGUUUGGACGAGAUGAGUGGCCUCAAAUUAACGACACAUGCGAUCACUCAAAAUAUAACGAUUAAAAUGAUUAUGGAAAUGUGAUUCACUUCAAUUAAUUUUCUUAUCUACAACGAACAUGUCAAAACAAUAAUAAUAUAUGGUACAUAUUAUACACAUAAUAUCAUAUUAUAUUCAUCAUCACCGCCACCGAACCAUAACGUUGUUUAAUGCGAACACGUUUUGAUAAAAAAAAUUUUCAACGCUUUUAUGACCGAUGAUUACUACGAGAUCGAGAGCAUAGUACUAGAGCAUCACAACAACAACAAUAACAAAAACCACUAUACAACAUCACCGCUAUCAGACAUCGAAAUAACAGUUCAGUCGAUCCGCUGACACGCACUCGACCGGUCUGGUACGUACACGUGUGAUAUUAUCCACACGCGAUCGAAUAGCACGUUUAACCAGCGACAUAUUGUUUUAUUCACACGACAAUGUCGGACACGCCUAACGUGUAACGACAACAGCGACGGUAAAUACAUCGAUCGUCACCGCUCCAAGACACUCGCGGUAUAGCCCCGAUGGCCAUGUCAUUCGUCCGCGGUAUGGCGGCCCGCGUGUCCGUAGAGCCCGUGCUGAUGUUCUAUUUCGUCGCGAUGGUGUUCUCGGGUUGCCUGAGCACCAACCUGCUGCUGUACAAAGCGUGCGAUCCGACGGGCGUGAUGGCCGGCCGGGUGGGCUCCAAGUGCCCGGACGAGGCGACGGCGCAGCACGUGGUGGCUCCAAUCAACGGCUGGAAGGCGCUCGUCCAACAACUGGUGCCCAUCGCGCUGGCCAUGGCCGCGGGCACGUGGAGCGACAGGCACGGCCGCCGCCGACCGCUGAUCGUGCUGCCGAUCGCUGGCCAGAUAUUGGCGGACUCGCUGUCGUUGUACUGCACCGUCGUGUGGUCGGUGUCGCCUGCGCUGACAGCCACCGUGCAGGCGGCCGCGCUGUCGCUGACCGGCGGACCGCCGAUGCUGUUCAACGGCAUCAACUCGUACGUGGCGGACACGACCACGGACGAGUGGCGGACCGUCAAGUACGGUAUGGUCGGCGGCACGAUUGCCGUGGGCGGCAUACUGGGAAUGAUCGUCUACGGGUUCGUAGUGGUCAACGUGGGUUUCGCUGUCGCGUACAUGGUGUCCAUCGCCCUAGGGGUGGCCGCGCUCGCUCUCACGUUUGUGUUCAUCGACGACGACGCUGCCCGCCAGAGGGCAAAAGAAGCCGGUGACCAGGUGCCGUUGUACCAGGACGUCGUCCGGGCCGUCAACCCGUUGGACGUGCUCCGCAACUGUUACCGCGUGUUGACCAAGCAUCGUUUUGGCCACGGCAAGCUGAUCCUGUGCCUAGUCGUGUUCGUAUGCGCACCGCUUACGUGCGUGCCGCUUGAGGGAGAAAUGUCAGUAUUAUAUCUAUAUUUGAGAUAUAAAUUCCAAUGGAAUGAAGUAGACUUCAGUAUUUUCAAUGCUUACCAGCUGUCUGUUGUAUUAAUAGGCACAUUGUUUGCAUUAGGUAUUUUAAGCUACAAGUUUAAAAUGAACGAUGCGUUAAUUGGUACUAUUGCUUCAGUAUUUGAUCUUUUGGCUGCAGUCGCUUUCUUUUUAGUUUCCGAAUCAUGGCAACUGUAUUUAGUGCCACCGUUAGAACUUUUUCGAGGUGCAGCUUUGGCGUUAACUAGUUCUAUAGCUUCAAAAUGCGUUGGAUCCGAUGAAUUAGGUUCUAUGAAUGCAGUGAAACUUUUAACGGAAAGUAUAAUGAAAAGUGGAUUUCUACCAUUAUACAAUUUUAUAUACAACCAUACAUUCGAAUCUAUGCCUAGUGCAUUUUUUUUAAUCAGUAUUGUUCUAACAACUCCACUUAUAUUCGUUUUUUAUUUGAUUUAUUACUUUAACGAAAAUCAAAAAUCGAAUACUGUUGAAAGCAUCAACGGUCAAAAUAAAAAACAAGACACCGAAGUCGCUCCAAUCAACGAUCGUAACGUAAUUAGUUACCAUAUUUAGUAAGAUAAUACUACACAAUGGUCAAUGACAAUACGUUUGUAAGAUUUAAGAUGUAUAAAUGUAUAUUUAUAUUUGUAUUUUCAAUAUUUUAAUACAUUAUAAUAAUAAUGUUAUCUAAAGACUGCAGUUAUAGCUAAUUAUUCAUGUAUACACUACGACUAUUACAAGUACUAUUAAAAUAUAUCUAUAACGCAUUUCAUAAUAA